AGAGCAGCACUAAACUACCUAUCUCUCUCUCUCCGUAUGUUUGCUGCUUCAUAGUUUUUCGCUCUGCUUCCGCUCGGACACAAAAUGACACGCUUCUAAAGUUUUGCUUCGGUUCAAUGAACUUCCUCUCUUUAUCAGGUAACAAUCAUGGAUCCUGUAAGGCAGAGGCGAAAAGAGGACAUCAACAGAGCUCUGACAUUCAUUCAAUCUUCGCUGGCUUAUCCAGAGCCAGAGGGCUAUCAGGAUUUCAUGACGCAGUUAGUGUGCAACCUACUGGAGGAGGGCAACGCCUUCUUCAGAGAUGGAGACUGGGAGCAUGCAAGGAGGGACUUCAGUGAAGGCUUGAACGUGUCACACUAUGCUGCAGGAGAGGGCAUCCAGAUCCCUGAAGCUUUACUGGAGAGCCUCUAUGUCAACCGGGCGACCGCCUACCAGAGUAUGGGGGAGUAUGAUCGAGGCGUGAAGGACUGCGACAAAGCUUUGGAAGUGUGCAAGGACAGUCGCAGGGCUCUGUACAGGAAGGCGCUUUGUUUAAAGGGGCUUGGGAAGUACAGAGAGGCUUACAACUGCACCAUGGACUGUAUGCUCAUUACUCGUGUGGACAAACAAGUGAAUGAGCUCGCACAGGAGCUGGCCAUCCAACUGGGACUAAAAAAUCGAAAGCCCUACAUCAGCGCAAAGGAAGGUGGACUUACUAUAAGAGGCUCUGCAAAUGGAAAUAUAGCUGCUGAAACCAUCCAGGUGUCUGGUGCUAAUGUAGGAAAUGGUAUAAAUCCUUUAGGUGGCAUCGCACCAGUCAGCUUUACCAGCAUGCAUCCUUACUUCCAUCCCUCCAUAACUCCUAACUGCCACCAGCCUGCUGUCGCCUCAGUACUUGACACUUUUGAGGACUCCGAGGUGAUCGGAGAUGACUUGGACAGCCUUCUCGACUGCCUCCCUAAUGAGCAUGAGCCAGCUGAGGCUGCAUUCUCUGUCCCCAGCAGGACAACCACCAGCACACACGCCAUCCCUUCAGCCCUGCCCACCCUGCCCACCCUGCCCACCCUGCCGACCCUGCCCACCCUGCAGACCCUGCCCACCCUGCCCGCCCCAACACCCCAGCUACCCCCAGCCUUCUUCACUUCAGCAGUCAGCACACUUAACUGCCUGGAUUCGCUCACAAGUGGUUUGCACAGCACACUGGAUGCCCUGGAUGACAUCUCGCCUUCGCAGGGGCUGGAUGCCUUAGAUAACUUCUCUUCUGGAGUCACAGGCGCUCCGAACCUAAGUCUGACCUCCACGGCGCUGGAUGCUCUGGAUGAUCUUGAAUCCUUGGAUGACUUGUUGGACUCAGUGUCAAGUGUUGAUGUUGUGAUGGAAGUUAAGGAGUCCAAAACAUACCUGGACACUGAGGAAAAGUCUCUUGAUGAUUUGCUUGAUGAGCUAGAUUCCAUUGACUCCAUCUCUGAUCCAAGUGGUCAGAGUGGUUAUGUCUCUAAAAUUGGUGUGAAUGCUGUGGACCAGCUUGACACCUUCGAUGCCUUGGACUCGUUUCCCUUUGUGGAAAGAGGGUUGGCAGCUUUGCCAGCAGUCUCCAUAGAGGGAAUGGGUCUAGACCUGCUUUCCAAUUUCAGCUCCACUGGUGUCACAGGCUCUUACAGUGCUGUCACUCCAGUAAUCCGAUCUACUAACACCUACAAAGAGAAGAGUAACCAAGCUUCAGCUACAAGCUCCAACUCUCUGUCCAAAACCCACGAGUUCAUGCCUGCCUGUUCUGCCUGUUUCCCUCGAGAAGGUAAAGGGAUAUAUACUUAUGUUCACAAGCCAGAUCUGGUCCACAGCUGUGAGAAAGACAUUCUGUUAUGCAGACGAACAGCUGGGUUUUUUUCACAGUGGACCAGAGUGCGACCGCUUCCUAGCUGGAAAUCCUUUACUGGACCAUAUGUCAUUUGUAAAGAGCUGACAAAUUCUGUGGAUGGCACGUGUAAGUACGGAGAGAAAUGCAACUUUGCCUUCAACCAGCUGGAGAUUGACGUUUGGACAGAAGAGAGAAAGGGGUCGCUGGUCAGAAAGUUGCUGUUUCAACCAGCAGCAGCCAAACACGAUCCAGUAAACGGCAUUCUACGACUUUUGGAUGAACAUAAGGGCAUGUUCCUGUUCAUCUGUCAGACAUGCUAUGACAGUGAACCACAGAUCAUCAGUGAGCGGUGCAAAGACAAUCCCACAAUCUGCUUGAAUGCACGCCACCCCUUCGAUGCCAAUAAGUGCCUAGCAUUCGUGGCGAGGGCCAGUGUGAACUACAGAAAGAUCCGCCCGCUGAGCGUCCUGUGCCAAUUGGAUUUGUGCCGCCAUGCUAUCCGGUACGGCUGCCAGAGAGAAGACAGCUGCGCCUAUGCCCACUCCGUCGUCGAACUCAAAACCUGGAGGGUGCAGCGAGACACAGGUAUCAGUCCUGAUGAGAUUGUGAAAGUAUCGACCACUAAUCACGAGAACACGUUCAAACAGAAAGUGAAUAGAUUGUCUGCUGGUGGAAGUGGUGGAGGUAAAACAAAAGGAGGUGGAGGAGCAGCAGCAGGAGGAGGAGGAGGAACAGCAGCAACAGGAGGCGGAGGAGGAGCAGGAGGAGGAAAAGCUGCAGCAGCAGGAGGAGUAGGAGCAGCAGCAGGAGGAGGAGGAAGAGCAGCAGCAGGAGGAGUAGGAGCAGCAGCAGCAGGAGGAGGAAGAGGAGCAGUAGGAGAAGGAGGAGGAGCAGCAGGAGAAGGAGGAGGAGCAGCAGCAACAGCAGGAGGAGGAGUCGGAAGAGGAGGAGGAGUCGGGAAGAGUCCAAACCUGAAGAUGAAGUUUGUCUGUAUUCAGUGCUGGCGGGACGGCCAGAUUAUUGAGCCAGACAAAACCCUCAAAUACUGCAACUCCAAGGCCAGACACACGUGGGCUAAAGACAGACCGAUACUGCUGGUGAAGUCCUUGGAGAGAAGUAAAUGGGUUCAGGUCCGACCGUUGCCACAUGCCAAAAACUUCCCCGUGCAGUACGAUGUGUGUAUCCAGAUUUUAAACAAAAAGAAAUGUACCUACAUUGGGAACUGCACCUUUGCCCAUAGCCAAGAGGAGAAGGAGAUGUGGAUGUAUAUGAAGAAUAAUGACUUACGGGAUAUGCAGCAGAUGUAUGAAAUGUGGCUGAGCUUAACCACCCAGAAACGCCAAUCUGAUGGAGCCGUGAUCUCCCCUUCCAUCUCAGAAGAGAAAAACAUCGCCAUGCCAACUGACUAUGCUGAACCGAUGAGUGACCUCUACUGCCGUCUGUGUGGUAAGCACUCUAACAGCGAGCGGCAGUGGCAGCAGCACAUCUCCACUGAGAAGCACAAGGACCGUGUGUUCAGCUGUGAGGGAGAAGACGAGGCUCUAAUGUGGAGCUACCGAUUUCCCGGGGCAUGCUUUGAACUCUGCUCCAAGUUGGAUGGAACCUGUCCUGAUAGCAUGAGCUGUGACUACGCCCACAGCCCCGCGGAGCUGCAGGAGUGGACAGAGAGACGAAAUUUGUUGCGACAGAAGCUGGCCAAAGCCCGGGAAGAGAGGCUCAUCAUGCCUGACGAAUUUGACUUUGGAAAGUACAACUUUCUACUUCAAGACUAAGAAGAUAGUUUUUUUUUAUGAUUAAAGACUUUGAGAGCCAAUUUUUGUGACUGUCAAACUAUCAGUGUCUUAAGAGUUUUCACAGCUAAAACCAAAACCAACCAGUGAUGUGAGCAAUAGCAAUAGAAUGAGAAAUAGCAACCUGUUCAAUUUAUCAAAAGAACAUUUUAAAUAUGAAACAUACCAUGUACUAUUUACUUGAAAUUGGUAAAUAUUUUUAUUUUUUUCUAAUAAUGGUGUAUGGAACUUUUUCUUUGGAACUUUGUCUGUUCAGCUACAAAAAAAAAAAAAAAAGCACUCAUUGCUGUGAAACUUAGGCUCAUGUUGGUGCCACUCUAAAAAACACAGCAGUCAUAUACACAGAUACAGUUCAUCACAGAAUAUUCAUAAUAGGUUAAUAUCAUAUACAUAACCUUACCUGCAGCCUUAACAUACUCAUAUCCAUGUCAUAUCCUUGUAAAAUGUCUGUUUUGUUAUUUUCUGUUUGAGCAGGGAGUAUUUUGAAGUGCUUUAAUUGCAUAGGUCACAUUACUACUGUAAACAUGGGGCAUCUCAGUUGAAUCAUAUGCUGAUAAAUGGAAUAUUUCCAGAUAUUUGCUUUAAUCUCAGAGAGGAUUUUCAAAGCCUUAACUAUGCAUUAAAUACUCUCCGCAACCUGCUUUUUAAAGUUUUUCACCAUUAGGCACAAAUAAAAAUGGUCAUGUUCAGAUCUGAUUAGUA